AUGCCCGCUUCCACGCCGUCGUCGGAGCUGCCGCUCCCGCUGCUGGCGUCCUCGCCUGCUCAGCCGCAACAUCAGCUGGCGCCUACCGAAACUACAGACCCUCUUUCGAAUACUCGCAGCCACCAUGGUAGCAGCAGCAGCACCGCUGCAAACUCUGGCGCACAGAGCGACGCACCCUCCGGCGACGCCUACCGCACUCACCUCCAGAAGGACUCGUGGCAGCCUAGCGCAACCGACGCCCAAGCUGAGCAUGCUGGCACCGCCACAUCGCCCCAGGAACACAGCCAGCACCACCACCAGCACCACUCCCAGCCGCAACACCACCACCACGACAGCGAAAAGGCGAGCAGUAUGGUCCACCCAGACUCGGUACGCAGGCAUCGCGGCCAUCCCGCCUUUGACCUCACUUUGCAGCAGGAGGAGCAGCAGCAGCACCACCACCACCACCACCGGCAGCAGCCGCAGCAGCACGGCGUCGAUGUCCGCACCUCGCCCGCCACCGCCGCCACCUCGUCCGACUCGUCGUCCAACUCCAACGAAAAGACCGGCGAGUCACGGCGCCAAAGGCCUCCCCCACCCGACGCGGCAGCAGAGGAAGGUAGCACCGCUGCACAGCCUCGCAGCCCUCCGCGCAUCCGGCGCAUCCUCGCCGCGCUCCAUCUCGACCGCCCGCCGCCCCAGCUGGCGUGGAUCCCCUCGACGCUCACCUGGCCCAAGCUCAAACCCGUCAUCCGCAGCUCCAUCAUCGCCUGGAUCUGCAUGGUCCUCAUGCUCAUCUACGACUCCGAGGUCGCCCUCGGCACCGCAUCCUUCCUCGUCCUCAUCAGCGCCUUUAUCCAGACCGCAGAGCUGCCCUACGUCGCCGUCAUGGAGCGUGAGCUCGUGUCGCUCGCCAUGGUCUGCGGCGCCUGGGCCUACACCCUCAUCCCCAUCGCCAUCGCCCACGCCGUCCGCACCAACAAGCUCUCGCCCGCACAGGCCAACCCGGCCGCCAUCUACCAGGCAGAGUACGUCGAGGCCAGCCCGUCGGUCGUCUGCGCCGUCUUUCUCGCCUUUGGCUCCGCCUUUUUCCUCUACGUCAAGGUCCGCUUCGGACCCAGCCCCUUCCUCUUUGGCACCAUCUUUUCGUGCAUCCUGCUCAACAUCAGCCUCACCUACGCGCCCCUCUACCCCUACCCCGUCUACACCUUUGGCCGCUCCAUCGCCGUGCCCCUCGCCGUAAAGUGGGCCGUCACCAUCGUCGUCUACUCGGUCUGCUUUCCCAAGAGCGUCAACUCGCAGUUUGUCGACCGCCUCGUCGCCGUCCUCCGCCCGCUCCAGCGCGCCGCCGCCGACCAGGUCGACCUCUUUGAGCGCAGCCCGCUCGACUCCGAGUUCGACUUUGAGCUGGUCCGCACGCUGCUCAACCAGGCCGAGGGCGGUCUCAUGCCCCUCUCGAUGAGCAGCCGCCUCCUCACCCGCGAAAUCAGCUUCGGCCGCGCCAGCGGAGAGGACCUCAAGGCGUUCGAGACCCUCACCCGCGCCCUCAUCACGCCCGCCGACGGCUGGUCCUUUUACUUUUCCUCGAUCCGCGCCGACAUCGAGACGGCCCACUUUCCAAAGACGCCGCUGCCUUCGCGCCUCGCCACGCCGGCCAUGACGCCGGCCGCCACGCCGAGGGGGUCGCAGGACACGCCGCGCAUGCGCAGCAGCAGGGCCUCGCUCACCGCCGAUGCUGGCGGCGGGGGUGGUGGCAGCGGUGCAGGGCCGGACCACCACGGCGCUUCCGCGUCGGCCGUCGCCGCGGCCAUGCGCCACCUCGACGAGCGUCCGUCGGUCGCGCCGGGCGAAGAGGGCCUGUCGCGCCGCUUUCGCCGCAUGCACAGCGGCCUGCACGUCAGUUCGCGCUCGUCGUCGCCCAGGCGCUGGUUCCAGAGCAGCGACAGCCACCACCACCAUCACCACGGAAGCCACGGCAGCCACAACGGCCACCACAACGGCCACCACGGCCACGGCAGCAUCUUCCACGGCCUCGUCCACCGGCAGGAGGCGGUGCCCGUGGCCGUGUGGGAGAGCAUCCGCUUUGGCAACAUCGAGACGCACCUCCACACGACGGCGGCCAACCCAACGACGGAGCUGUUUGCGCACCUCAUCCUCGAGUCGUCGCGCGAGCUGCUGCAGGCCAACGCCGAGGGCAUCGGCUACCUGGUCGACCGGCUCGAGGCGCUCAACCGGCGCCGCUUCGCCAUGCUGCGCGACCGCUUCACGCGCAGCCGCACCUCGCUGAUGCUCGAGGGCGAGAAGCGCGCCCAGGAGACGGCGGCCACGGUGCAGCGCCUCGAGGCGGCGCUCGAGUCCUUCCGCAGCGACGCGCGCUUCCGCGUGCUGGACCCCUACCGCGAGGCGCUCGGCGACGUCGGCGCCGACGACGUGCUCGACGAGCUCGACCUGCGCGCCGGGCCCGGCGAGAUCAGCCGCAUCCACCACCGCUACCUCUACCAGGCCUGGCUGCACCAGUUCCACACCAUGUCUUUCUCCACCAAGCUGCUGGCGCUGCUGCGGGCGUUUGAGCGCAUCGACCGCGAGCGGCCCUCGGCGCGGCUGUGGGGGCCCAGCUGGUUCCGCCUGUUUCACCUCGACUCGUGGCGCGACAUUGGCUCGGCCAGCGGCGACCCGGAGAUGGAGGAGGAGGACCCCGAGGCCGUGCCCAUCAUGGAGCGGGAACGGGAGCAGGAGCGGCGCGCAGCGGCAGGCGGCGCGGGGGGCGACUCAAGGCCGGCAAGAUCGGCAUCGUCGUUGGCGGCGGCGACCGGCACGCAUACAGGUGCCGAGCAGGCGGCCACCGGCUCGGCGUUUGACCUGGGCCACACGCGGCGGCGCGACCCGGACGCUCUCGAUCCCGAGGGCACGCUGCAGAUCCUCGGGCAGCGCCUCUACUUUGGCGUGGCGCGGCUGUUCCAGGGCCACCUGCUCUUUGGCGUCAAGGCGGCGGUGCUCAUCGCGCUCGUGUCGCUGCCGGCCUACAUGCGGUCGUCGGCGGCGUGGGUGUACCGCAACCGGGGGCUGUGGACCAUCUUUAUGGCCCAGCUGACGCUGGCGCGCUUCCGCGGCGAGACGGCGUUUGCGCUCCUGUCGCGGCUGGUGGCGACGUUUGUGGGGGCGUGCUUCGGCCUGGUGAUCUGGUACGUGUCGGCGGGCUCGGGGCGCGGGAACGCGUUUGGGCUGGGCGCCACGACGGCGGUGGCGUUCCCGCUGCUGAUGCUCUUCCGGCUCUACUAUCCCGGUCCGCCGAUCACGACCAUCAUCACGUGCGUCACGGCGAUGCUCAUUGUGGGGUAUUCGUGGCAGGACGUGACCAACCCGUCGCCGGGCAGUCCCGGGUUCGGGUGGACGGUGGCGUGGAAGCGCUUUGUGACGGUGGCGAUUGGCGUCACGGCGGCGCUCGACAUGGCCGCCGUCAAUGUCUCGUACGAGUAUUCGCUGCGAGGACGGUGGCCAAAGCAGCGGUACGCCGAGCUGUUCAAGGUGCAGAUGGAGCUACUGAAGCUGCUCAGCCACACGCUCACGGUGAUUUCGCAGCUGGGACCGGCCUACUCGCUGGCGCUGCUACGGCGUACGCGAUUCCUGGACCCGCUCUUCCUGGGCGACGUCAUCUCGGUGAUAUCCAUGUGUUCGACGGCGCUCAAGACUUCCUCGCCCCUGCCGCAGAUCACACCGUGUCCGCUACUGGAUCGGUUCCUGCUAUUCGAACAUGGAUUCGAUGUGCGUUAUCACCGCGGCGGCGGGGAGGAGCAAGAUGACGCGGCCGGGGGCGAGGGGAAGGCGGAGGAGGAGGGGUUGUUGGGCACCCUUCCGCGCAAGAUUUCGCUCAAGACGCUGCGGGAACACGAGUACAUGUCGUUUGCGGUUGGCGUCGUUACGCUCUUCGGCCUCGUGGUGCGUAUCGACCGCCUCUGCGUCGCCGUAAAGGAGCUGGUCGGUGAAAGCUUCGAGGUACCCGCCGACGUGCACCGUACCAUGGUGGCCGAAACGGAUCGGAACGGAACGGAAAGAACCGCAAGUGCGCAUGGCAUUGCCAGGGUAGACGCAUCGACGUGCUGA